AAUAUAAGAGACCAAGAGCUAAAGCUAUUUCAUCAGGGAAGUAUGCUAUAAAUAAGGGGGAAAAGGUUCCAGACUGGAGAAGGUGCAUUAUUCCAAGAUACAAUGAACUAAAGAACCGAAAUUUAAAUCCAGAGAGCAAGUAUUAUACCACCGAUAGAAUCAAUAAUUUUAUAAAGGAAAUAGAAGAAAUCGAAUCUGAAUGA